UAGUGGGCCCCAGAGGCAUCCUGUGCAGCCUUCAUCACCUUUACAUUUACUACCAUCCCAACCUACUCUGACUGUCUGCUGACAGUCAGAGGGAUAUCCACCAAGCGCUCGCACUGAACAGCCAACAUGCUCAGAGUUUUAAGGAAGAAAAGUAUAGGACCAGGAACCCUCAUGCCGGUGGUAGCCGUCCUCAUGGUUGUUUAUUUCUAUAUCAUUUGUACUGACUUCAGUACCAUCCGCCGCCAGUUACAUGUUAGAAAGGAUGGCAAUCACACAAAGCCACCCAACACAAAUACCCCCUAUGUUUACUCCUGGCCAAGAUGCAAACAAAAUAUGUCUGCUGCCAACAUCACAGACUUUUCCUCACUUCCUGGUAAUAUACAAGACUUUCUGUACUAUCGGCACUGUCGACACUUCCCUAUGAUACUGGAUAUUCCUGAUAAAUGUGGAGGAGCUAGUGGAUCUGCAGAAGUCUUCCUUCUACUGGUCAUUAAAAGCCCCCCUGCCAACCAUGACCGCCGAGAGAUGCUGCGCAAAACCUGGGCUAAAGAGCGGAAGCAAAAUGGUGUGCGGAUCCAAAGGAUCUUCAUCUCAGGAGUGACAAAUGAUGGUUUUGAGAAAUGGAGACUGAACAAAGUCCUUGAGCUGGAACAACGCGAAUAUAAUGACAUCCUCCAAUGGGACUUCAAUGACUCAUUCUACAACCUGACUUUGAAGCAGAUGCUCUUCCUGGAAUGGAUGGAAAGAAACUGUCCACAUGUUCGCUUCCUGUUUAAUGGUGAUGAUGACGUCUUUGCCCACACGGACAACAUGAUUGAGUAUCUCCAAAGCCUCAAGGACAAUAAUGGAGACAAGCACCUCUUUACCGGCCAUGUGAUCCAGGGUGUUGGGCCUAUUCGAUUGCCUGAGAGUAAGUAUUAUAUUCCAGUUCAGGUGGAGGAGUCAGAGGAUUAUCCUCCCUACUGUGGUGGUGCGGGCUACCUCUUAUCUGGCUACACAGCUUUGGUCAUAUACAGUAUGUCCCACGACAUCAUUUUGCUUCCCAUUGAUGAUGUUUACAUGGGGAAAUGCCUGGCUAAAGCAGGACUUGGUCCUAGUUCCCACAUGGGGGUGAGGACAGCAGGACUGUACAUCCCCACCAGUUAUACAGAUAGAUUUGACCCUUGCUUUUAUCGAGACGUUCUACUUGUUCACAGAUUUGUUUCAGCGGAAAUGUAUGUUAUGUGGCACAGAGUGAAUGACCCCUUUCUGAAAUGCCACAACAGAACUGUAGUUUCAGGGAAACUUUGAAAUCAUAUAAACAUCUACGGAAAGAAUUAUGCUUGUCUGGGAUGGAUUUCUCUAGUUUUCUUCAGAUACAACACUACUUAUAGAAACAUGCAGAUUGGGAGCAGAUAUGUAAACGACCUUGUAAUUCAGAAAGGAUCUUCCUGCUGACUAUGGACAAGGUGAUAAACAAGAAUCUGAUAACUCGCUUAUACAGAGGACUUCAUGAGUACAUAACAGGAAACACUAUGGAAACAAAACAGAAAUGGGAAUUGGAAGUGAACAUUAUUAUUAUUACAUAUGCAAGUGUGUUUGUGAUUGUGUAUAUGUGCAUAUAUUGUGAUACAGUGACAUUUGAUUAAGGUUUUUAUUUUUUUCUUCUGACUUUACACAACUUCUGGACUGGCAUAUAUGUGUCUGUUUAAACAUGUGGGUGAUUGCAUAUUAGAAUUAGGUAUUUUGGGUGCCUGUGUCCAUGUUGCCUCUGUGAACACAAUAUGAACAAGACAGGUCGAUGCAAAGUUUACAUUUGUCAUGUGAUACAUCAUAUUUGUUUGUUUGCCUCUGCUUCUAUUGACCUUGUACUAAGCGUCAGUUCUUGCCAUCAUUAGUGCUUCUGUGUGUGUAUAUAUAAAAGUCAAGUAAAAAAAAACUGUAUAUUACAGUGUUGUCAGAACUUGUUGUCAAUAAUAUUGAAUCAGUGGCAGCUUUAGUAGCUACGGAAGCGCAUUGCAUUCUCUGAAUAAAUAAGAAAAUCAACAUGUAGUAAUUACGAGAUAAGAUCAGAUCAGAUCAUUUCAGAUAAGAUCUCGUAAUUGCGACUUAUCUCAAUGCGAUAUAUAAUGCUUUUAUUCUGAAAGUACCGGCCUUGUGUUUCUCGGUGGACUCACUUUACAAAUCAGCUUACGUUAUUACAGUAUCAGCGAAAGGCCUUAUUGUAGUAUGACAUCAGGAUCUCGUUAUUACAAGAUCUUGUUUCAUAGUUACGAGACAAUGUGUCAGUUUUUUAAAUUUAUUUAGUGAAUGCAGUAGGCUUCCGUAUGUAGCUACAAAAAUGUUAAUUUUUUUAAAUCAAAAUUUAUUUCCAUCCAUAAAUAGUGCCAUUCAAGCAUAGCCUACAUAGGAAAAAUAAAUGACUUUGAAUUACAGCACACUGAUCAAACUUGCAUUGACUGAAAAUGUACCUCACCAAAAGUAUGUUUAGAGUUUAAAUUAUUAAAGGUCCAGUGUGUAAGAUUUAGGGGGAUUUAGCAGCUUCUAGCACUAAGAAUUGCAGAUUGUAACCAGCUGAAACUUCUCCUGGUUAGAAUUCCCUCAGUGUUUAUUGUUUUGGGGAUGUUUUCUCUUCCUCUCCAAACAAACAGACCAGGUGACUAAAACCGGUUAAAAUGCCAAAUAAAGCAGUUUUGUGUUACAUGUCAGUGUUUCUUCCACAGACUGCCCACCUGCCCAGCACCUGCUCAUGUGCUUAUUUAUUUUCUCUAAUAACCUGAUGUGCGCACACCUUUUUUCUGAUCCAGACACUGCGAGCCAAAUUAUCAACAGAAAUCUUCUCUAAAUCCUCUCUAAAAUAAAUGCACCUGUGGAUUUAAACCAGUAAAAACGCUGAAUAAAGCAGUUUCGCAUUACAAAUCAGCCUUUCUCUGAUGCUGUUUGGCACGUCAGAGAGCCCGCUAAGAUUAUGAUCCAGACAUGCAAAAUUAUCCACAGAAGUCUCCACAUCUCCAAAAAAACAGACCCAGUGAUUUAAACUGGUAAAAGCGUUGAAUGAAGCAUUUAUACAUUACAAAUCAGUGUAUCUCAGACACUGUUUGGCACCUGCUAAUGAGUGCUCACCUUUGUUUCUCUGAUAAUGUAAGAUGCAGAUAUUCAGGAGGUUUUUACCAAGAGCUGAAUUAUCUGCAGAGGUUUCUUUCUCUCUAAAACAAAUGGACCCGCCAAUGUAAACAGGUAAAAACACUGAAUGAAGCUGUUUCAGGUUUAAAAAAUAAGUGAUUUCCUGACACUGCUCGACACUAAGGGGCCGCAAAGUGGCCAGUGCGAGAACAUGAAGGGCCCUAUACAGAGUCAGUGUUUGGUUUGUCCAUUCUGGGCUAUUGUAGAAACACGGCAGUGCAACAUGGUGUUCUCCGUCGACAAGGACCCACUCCCUGUGGAGAUAUAAACGGCUUAUUCUAAGGUAACAAAAGCACAGCAACUCAUAAUUUCAGGUGAUUAUACACUAAAGAAAAUACACUUAUAUUUAGUUUCUGCAAAUUUAUCCACUAAAAUCCCAACACUGAACCUUUAAAACAUGACCAUACAGGUAUAUGUAUUGUUAAAACUUGUCAAAAUAUGUAAAAUAAAAUAGAAAUAUUUUCUGUCAUUAUACAGUAUCAGAAUUAACAAUAGAAAAGGUGCCUUAAUGGCAACAGUGUUUCACGUCUGUCUCACUGAGGUCCUGACUGUGUUAAUGCUCCACACAGCUGACAAAGAUUACACUUUGCUAUAUCUGUAUAUAUUUGUUUUUCAUUUUAUUAAUUUCAUAAAUAUAUUGGUAAUUAUUUCUAAGUACCCUUUAAGAUGACACAAGCAAUGCUGUUUCGCAGUUGUAUCAGUUUUCUGCUCCAUGAUGGCUCCUGCUGAAACUUCUCUCUGCAGAGCAACACUUCUUUUAGUCCAAUUGUAGAUCUAUGAUCUGAACUGAUCUCAGACCCUCUGAUUGUAAUUUCUCUGAAUGAAAAAUCUAGAGCGUGACUAUAAUGCCAUAUUAGAAUAUGGAUUGGGAGGGUUGAGAAGUCAAUAUUUUAUUAUUUGCUGCUCAUUUUGUGGCAAAAUUCACCAAACCACAUCACUAAAGAAUUCAAAUAACUCUAAGAGCAGGAGAAAUUUAUCAAAUAUCAAAAUGAAAAUCCAAUUUUGCACUGCAAAGUGUACUUUUACCAUUAACCAAUACAAAGAUGUGGAGAUAAAACUUUAAAUUCUCAAAGACAUUCCUGCUGCUACAAAUUUUCAUUUUCUUCAAUGCGUAUUUUAUUCUAUUACAAAUGUAUUUCAGACUUUGGUGCAUUUGAAAAUGGAAAAAAGUGGCUCCGAAAUUUGUGUGAAAGCAAAGAAUCUUUCAAACCCCCCAAAACUUUUUUUUCGAAAUGUCUUUCACCUCAUUGUGAAGUUUAAUCAAUUUCUUGAUCCUGCAAAUACAUCUUCAUUUCAAGUAAGUAUGAUUUUGCAUUCAGGCUGGGUUAUCUGUUUGUUCUUGCACAUUUUAGAUGAUUUCACUGACGGGAUUUGGAGGAAAAAUUCUGAAGAAUGAUACAUCUCUGCAUUGUGCUCCAGCGUUUUCAGUGAAAAUGUUAGACGCCACUUUUGGACAUCAGUGAUUCUGCUGAAUGAUGAUAUCGCAGUGAGUCAGACUGACACUUUUAAAUUAGACUGAGUGUCAACAGGAUGCUUCAGCUAGAGGUCAGAUCACAGUUAUCUACAAUACACAACUAAUGCAGUAUGGAUAUACAUUGUUUUACUGAGCGCAGCAGCAGAUGAAACCACACAAAAUAAAUAGAUGUCUUUUUCAUCCCACAGUGGAUACAGCAGGACAAUGGCUGGAAUUUUUAAGACUACUUUUAAUCCUGAUUUGAUUUUCUUAUUGUUGUUUAAAUGAUUCCUUCAGCAGAUUUUUAUGGAAAGCAGUUUUGUAUGGUUUUAUUUCACAUAUCUAUCCUCUGUGUGUUGGUAUUAAGGACUGGUUGGGAACAAUGUCAUUUCCAGUUUUCUUGAGAAUAAACUGAACCUUGAACAUGAAGACUGACCGUGUGAUUAAUUUGCUGUAGCCUUCAGUCAUGGUUUAUGGAGUUCUAAAUGCAAACAUAUUUUGUAUUGUUUGUAUCUCCUCCUUAA